AUACCGGAAAUGACUUCUGUACCUAUUCUAGUCUAGUUUCGCUUUCACAUGCGAUCUUGAAGUUGAAGGUGCAAACAAAAAUUGUCAAUAAUCAAAGAAAACUUUUGACAAGUUGAUUUAUUCACAAAGCAAGCCAAAACAAUGUCAUCAUAGUGUUUUAAGAAAAAGAAUGAAUAGCUCUUCUGUGAUAAUGAAAUCAGUUCAUCGUAUCGGGUCAUCACUUUUGUAUUCAAUAUGUUUACGAACAUCAUUGUUAAGUCAAGACCAUACACCUUUCUGGCUCUGUGCUAAUUCUCUUCAUCAAUCUUUGCCACUUCAAGCUGAUGGUGACUCCAACUCUGAUGGGUUAUUUAAAUCAAACACUUUAAAAAAGACUGGCUAUGCCAAAUACCAGCAAUCACUCCUUGAUGUCAGCAAGUUGUUAGGUAACACAGAGGGCAUGCAAGAUGUUGAUGAACUUUUUGAUAGGCUAAUAGCAAAGGAAAGAGCAAGCUUAGCAAGAGCAAUAACUCUUGUUGAGUCUACUCACCGGGAGAAACAGAGAAAAGCCCAGUAUUUAUUAACAAAGGUACUAAAACAUAUGAAAGGGGAAGAUCUAUAUUCUCUUAAAGGACCAAGAUCUUUCAGAAUAGGUCUUUCGGGUCCACCUGGAUCAGGAAAAAGCACUUUUAUUGAAACUUUUGGUAAAUUUCUGACAGGUUUGGGACACAGAGUUGCAGUUCUUGCUGUUGACCCUUCCUCUUCAGCUAGUGGAGGAUCAUUGCUGGGAGAUAAAACUAGAAUGCCAGAACUUUCCCGUGAUAUGUCCGCCUUCAUUCGUCCAUCACCUUCCUGCGGCUCCCUGGGUGGAGUAACAAGAACCACUAAUGAGGCAAUAGUGCUGUGUGAGGGAGGCGGUUUCAACAUUAUCUUAGUGGAAACUGUUGGUGUUGGUCAGUCAGAAUUUGCUGUAGCUGAUAUGGUGGAUAUGUUUUGUCUCCUCAUACCUCCAGCAGGUGGAGAUGAACUGCAAGGUAUUAAGAAAGGGAUUGUUGAAGUCGCAGACCUUGUUGUCAUCACUAAAAGCGAUGGGGACCUCCUACCAGCAGCCCGCAGAAUACAAACAGAAUACUCUAGCGCACUUAGGCUUAUGAGGUCACGGUCAAAAGCAUGGAGGCCAAAAGUGACAAAAGUUUCAGCUCUUGAAAAGACUGGAAUCUCCGAGCUCUGGGAAAUGAUGCAAGAUUUUCGAGAGAGCACUUUGCUUUGUGGGGAACUUUUGAGCCGCAGGGAAAGGCAACUGAAGCUUUGGCUAUGGAAUCACAUAAGGGACCACAUCAUGGGCAGGUUUGAGCGUCAGCCCAAAGUGAAGAGCAUGCUUCCUGUGUUAGAGGAUCUAGUAGUCAAAGGGCAUGUCACCCCUGGACUGGCUGCUGACUAUAUGCUACAACAGGUUGAUCUUGUAGAUGACUUAUGACAAGUAGUUUCAUCUAUAGACAUUUGAUAGACAUUGUGUGCUUUUUAAAAAGCACUCUUUGAGUCAAUAACUACAACUUACUUGUUAUACUCAGGAAUCAGAAUGUAAACAUUUCCUCACAAGAAGCUGCAAUAUUAUACAAGAAAAAAAAUGGAGGAUUUCUUGAGAUUGAGAAAUUUUAAACUAAUUACAACUCUUUAACUUUCAUAAGCCAUAUAAUAAUCUAGUUGAAUUUUUUUUUAAACAGCUUUAUUCCAUUAAUGUUUGUCAUCUUCAAUGUACAAAGGUGAAGGUCUACCGAUUGUGACUUUAUUUAUUAGAAUUACAAAUUAUAUUGUAAUAUUUAUUGUUGACUUAAGUCCAUGAUAGUUAAAGCUCAUUUAAUGCUUCCGCCUAUCAUAGAACCAACCUGUUUAAUCAGUUACUAUGAGUAUUAUUGAAGCAUUUAUAAUCCCAGAUGUAUAUGUGGUUUUAUUUUAUUUAGCAUUUUUAUGGAUACUGUAUUCAUAUCUGUUUAUUAAUUUAAGUUUAAAGAAAGUAGUACAUUUUCUGUUUGAUAUUUAUUAAGAUACCAGGUAUCACAAUACUGACCAUUUUGUUGAAAAAAAUGAAAAAAUGUUUAAUUAAUUUGGUUUUAUCAUAAUAUACAGGAAGGAAGAUUAUUCAAAAAUAUUUAUUAAGUCUUAGAUAUUUCUUUUUUCAAACACCAUUAUAAUACAAACAUAAUGUAUUCUUUUUUUUAUUCAUUUUUUUCUACCUUUCUGUCAGUGAUUGUAGAAUAUCUAACAUGUAUGUAAUAUAUAUAAAAGAAACAAGAAAAUAUUUUUAAAAAAUACUUAUUUAAAAAAACAAAGCUUAUAUUAAGCAUAGUUGUACCAUUUAGUUAGAAUCAGUCAUGUAAUUAAAUUUGUUAUACAUCUAGACUAACAAUAAAAAGCAUUUAUAAAAAUAUUUUAUUAGUGGGAAUGACCUGAAUUCAAAGUCAUGGCUCAAACUUUCUCAGGCCAACACAGUAACCACUCUGCUAGUGGAGAGCCUAUGAACAUGAAAGAUUGUACAGUUAUCUAUUGUUUCUAUGAUCUCAUCCUAUUCGUUCAUGUGUUCACUAAGAUUCAGACAACAACCAAUAAAGGGGACUAAUUCAGCUUAUACCACCACUUUAGUCAAGUACAAUUUCUUUCCCUUGUUCAAGAUACCAAACAAAAUAAUUAAUUACCAAUAGUUAAUUAACUAAUUGGUUAACUUUU